AUGUGUGUCCCUGUGUUCCUGUGUCCCACUGUGUGUUCCUGUGUUCCUGUGUCCCACUGUGUGUUCCUGUGUUCCUGUGUCCCUACAUCCCACUGUGUGUUCCUGUGUCCUAAUGUGUCCCACUGUGUGUCCCUGUGUUCCUGUGUCCUUGUGUCCUACUGUGUGUCCCUGUGUUCCUGUGUCCUGUUGUGUUCCUGUGUCCCACUGUGUCCCUGUGUUCCUGUGUCCUUGUGUCCUACUGUGUGUCCCUGUGUUCCUGUGUCCUGUUGUGUGUUCCUGUGUCCCCACUGUGUGUUCCUGUGUUCCUGUGUCCCACUGUGUGUUCCUGUGUUCCUGUGUCCCUACAUCCCACUGUGUGUUCCUGUGUCCCUAAUGUGUCCCACUGUGUCCCUGUGUUCCUGUGUCCUUGUGUCCUACUGUGUCCCUGUGUUCCUGUGUCCUGUUGUGUGUUCCUGUGUCCCUACUGUGUGUUUCUAUGUGUGUGUGUCCCACUGUGUCCCUGUUCCUGUGUCUUGUGUCCCUACUGUGUGUCCCUGUGUCCUGUGUCCCUACUGUGUGUCCUGUGUCCCUAUGGUGUCCCUGAGUUCCUAG